CGGCGCCGGGGGACGCGGAGCCGGGGCCGGGCGCCGCUCGGAGGACAGCGCGCAGCUGUGCCGCCAGCCUGCGAAAAGUGCCCGUUUGCUUCUUAUAAAUUAAAGUGCCUUGUCACCAGUUAGGGCAAGUCAGCCAAGGUGUUGUGAAAUGAGCAGAGAAUGAAUUUUAUUUGAAGUAAGCCGAGGAGAAGCACAGCCUUCUGGCUAGAGCACUGGUCUGGAGCUCAAGAAGAAGGACUUGAGCAUACAGAGAAACCCCUAGCAAGAGCAGCUGUCCUGGCAGGUGUCGUUCUGGAGAUGAUAAAGAUGAAAUUAAUUUGAAAGAGCUAAAGAGGCAGUAGGUUCGAUUUGGCAAGUCAUUUGGAAAAGGAGUGGAGAAGUGCCCUGUAACCGCUGAACGAUAGAAAAUGGUCGGCAGUGGAACUCUUGUGAAGACCUCAGAAGAAAUAUAAUUUUUUCCAGUCAGCUUUUCAUAAUGUAAAUAUAAUUUGAGCUUUCCCAAAUGGGCAGCUAAACCAUGAACAAGCAGAAAAAAACAUUUUGGACUGUAUUUCUGAACCAGGCUUCACCUUCUGUCUUGGGAACUUAUUAAAGGAUUACAGCUGAAAAAGACAAGAGAAAGAAAACCUUCAACAGGAAGCUUAUCCUACAAUGAGAAUUACAAGUACAUCUUGUAUCUGCCCAGUCCUAGUUUGUCUCUGUUUUGUGCAGAGGUGUUAUGGAGCUGCUCACCAUGGCUCCAUCAAGGUGACUAGAAAUCAAACCAAACACAUAGAAGGUGAAACAGAAGUACAUCAUCGUCCCAAGCGUGGAUGGGUGUGGAAUCAGUUCUUUGUUUUAGAAGAACACAUGGGACCAGAUCCUCAGUAUGUAGGAAAGCUGCACUCCAAUUCUGACAAAGGUGAUGGAUCAGUCAAAUACAUUCUUACUGGAGAAGGGGCGGGGACUAUAUUUAUUAUUGAUGACACAACUGGAGACAUCCAUUCAACCAAAAGCCUAGAUCGAGAGCAGAAGACUCACUAUGUGCUUCAUGCUCAAGCUAUUGAUAGACGGACAAACAAGCCACUCGAACCUGAAUCUGAGUUUAUAAUCAAAGUGCAGGAUAUCAACGACAAUGCACCAAAAUUUACAGAUGGACCAUAUAUUGUUUCAGUGCCAGAGAUGUCUGAAAUGGGUACGUCUGUUCUACAGGUGACAGCCACAGAUGCAGAUGACCCUACAUACGGAAACAGUGCCAGGGUAGUGUACAGUAUUCUUCAGGGACAGCCAUAUUUCUCUGUUGACCCUAAAACAGGAGUCAUCAGGACUGCCUUGCACAACAUGGACAGGGAAGCCAGAGAGCAUUAUUCCGUUGUCAUUCAAGCCAAAGAUAUGGCUGGGCAGGUCGGAGGGCUUUCAGGGUCAACAACUGUAAAUAUCACACUCACUGAUGUCAACGACAAUCCACCCAGGUUUCCUCAGAAACAUUAUCAGCUGUAUGUUCCUGAAUCAGCUCAAGUUGGAUCAGCAGUUGGCAAAAUCAAGGCAAAUGAUGCAGACACUGGUUCAAAUGCAGAUAUGAAAUACACAAUCAUAAAUGGUGAUGGCUCUGGAGUGUUCUCUAUAUCUACUGACAAAGAAACAAGGGAAGGAAUCCUUUCCCUGAAGAAGCCGCUCAACUAUGAAAAAAAGAAAUCAUAUACACUUAAUAUAGAAGGAGCAAAUACUCACCUUGAUUUCCGCUUUUCACACUUGGGACCAUUCAAAGAUGUAACAAUGCUGAAGGUCAUUGUUGGCGAUGUGGAUGAACCUCCGCUCUUCACUAUGCCUUCCUAUGUCAUGGAAGUUUAUGAAAACGCGAAGAUUGGGACUGCUGUUGGCACAGUAACAGCACAAGAUCCUGACACUGCCAACAGUUUAGUGAGGUAUUUCAUUGAUCAUAACACAGAAGAAGAUAGGUAUUUCACCAUUGAUGCCAGUACUGGGACCAUUAAGACUGCCAAGAUCUUUGACAGAGAGGAGACGCCUUGGUGCAACAUCACAGUGGCUGCUUCUGAGAUAGACAAUCCUGGGCUAGUGAGCCAUGUUCCAGUUGGUGUUAGAAUCCUGGACGUCAAUGACAACCCUCCAGAACUUGCCAGAGAGUAUGAUGUAGUGGUCUGUGAGAAUGCAAAGCCUGGUCAGGUAAUUCAGACUAUCACUGCAACUGACAAAGAUAACUCUGCAAAUGGGGCAAGAUUCCAUUUUUCCCUUGAUGAAGGGCUUUCUUUGAAUCCCAACUUUACUCUAAGGGACAAUGAAGAUAAUACAGCCAGUAUCCUGACAAGACGACGGAGAUACAGUCGAACCACUCAAGAUAUCUAUUACCUCCCAGUGUUGAUUUCUGAUGGUGGAGUGCCCCCUCUCAGCAGCAGCAGUACUCUCACAAUUAGGGUUUGUGUGUGUGAAAGAGAUGGAAGAGUAAGAACUUGCCAUGCUGAAGCUUUCCUCUCCUCAGCUGGCUUGAGCACAGGAGCUUUAAUCGCAAUCCUGCUCUGUGUCAUCAUUCUUCUUGUUUUCUCUUUAGCAAUUGUGGUCCUUUUCAUCACCCUAAGACGUAGCAAGAAGGAGCCUCUGAUCAUUUCAGAAGAAGAUGUUCGGGAAAAUGUUGUGACAUAUGAUGAUGAGGGUGGUGGAGAAGAAGACACAGAAGCAUUUGACAUCACAGCACUGCGGAAUCCAUCAGCUGCUGAGGAGCUAAAAUACCGGAGGGAUAUUCGUCCUGAAGUGAAGCCUGUGCCCAGGCAUCACCCCUCCUCAAGUCUUGACAGUAUAGAUGUUCAGGAGUUCAUUAAACAAAGACUGGCAGAGGCUGAUCUGGACCCCAGCGUGCCCCCGUAUGACUCCUUACAGACAUAUGCCUAUGAGGGUCAUAGAUCAGAAGCUGGAUCUAUCAGCUCUCUGGAUUCAGCCACAACACACUCUGACCAGGAUUACAAUUACCUUGGAGACUGGGGACCUGAGUUCAAGAAGCUAGCUGAACUCUAUGGGGAAAUAGAAUCAGAAAGAACAACUUAGUUGUAAUUCCCGGAACAGAGAAGUCCCUAAACAACUGGAGAUAAAAUGACAGCAACGAUAACAAAAAAUGAAUACAGUACUUGGAACUGAGCAAGUUGUAUGCAGUUACUGUAGAACAAGUGCCCUUUUCGUAUGUGAAACUGGGUUCUCCAAUUGGAAGAAGGUCAAAUUUUGAAAAAUACAGAAAAAAAGAAGCUAUUGUCCCUUGUGUAUAUUUUUUAAUUGCUCAAUGAAGUCUGUGGUACCGUAUCUGUAACAAUACCUAAAGUAAAGCCAAGCAAUGACAUUUUUAUUGCAAUAUGCUUACCAUCUCCAAGCUACAGUAAAUUUAUGGUCAUGCCUGUUUAGGAAGAUAGCUAACGGGGGAGCAAUUCUCUUGCAGGUGGUUGUGAUUUUGCAUUUCUAGCUACGCUCUAGGCCUUGUGAUCCCCAUGUGAGGUAGCCAGUGGAGUUUACUACCAGUGUGAGAAGUGCUAACAGUCUGUUUGCUUUACAGAAGGGAUCAGCCAAUACUGUCCUCUUAAAUAAACGGUCCUGUGAUGAUUUAAUCUUAUUGAAUAAUCAGGUUGCCUUGAGAUGGUGUCAUUUCAUUAUGCCCUUCAUAAUCUUUUCAUCCGUGACCAGCUAACGGAGGGGAGGCAUCAUUAGCUGUUAGCUCAAACAUGGCUCUAGACUAUAACACCAGACCUGCUCUGUUACUGCGUGCUAGAGGAACUGCUGUUUCCAGUGUUGUGUUUUUUGGUUUUGUCUUUUCACGGGAACAUCAUUCAUUUAAAUGGAAUGGGUCCAACGUACACUUUAUGCAGCAAAGCAGAGGAAGCAUAGGCUCUUUCAAUAAAAACAACAAUGGCAGCACCAUUAAACUAUACAGUUGUUUGGUUCACUGUGCUUCACUUACGUCAGUAGAUGAAGCUUUUCAAGACUUUUUUCUGGUCUUAGUCCAGAAGCUACAACAGUCAGUUUAAAACAGAGUUCUUAAUCAUAAUGUCUUUCUAUUCCCUGUGUAACUAAAAGCAAAAUAGAACUACUAGUAAGAUACUGGGAUAGCAAAAAAUAAAACAAGGAGAAUAAGAUGAUGAUGCUUUUUUCAUUUUAGUUCAAUCUAGUGGUAUUUAAUUUUCCCUAGAGUAAUUUCCAGCUAAGAGCAAGCUUUUUUCUCCCUAUUUGAAGCAUCAUGGGAGCUUGGGAACAUUAUAAGUCAGUGGAGUAAGAAAAAAAAUAAAAGUGUGUCAUUAUUGUGGUUCCUAUGGAUUAAGUAAAUUGCUUUUCUAUGUUAGUAACUUUUUAGCAUUGCAGAACUGCUAAACAGUUCUGCCUAGCACUUCAGGCUGUUUAAGACCUAAUCCAGCAAAUUCUUAGGUUUUCCCCUGUUUUGUUUGAAACUUUAACCUUUUGUUUGUCUUUCUUGUGAUAGUACUAUGAGAGGACCAGGAGCUCAGAAUAAAAAAAUAUCCAAGAAAGGUUAUGACCUAUAAGGCUCACCAUCUAUGGCAGUCUUCUGCUUCUAAGAAAAUUGAAGCCUCACUUAGGAAAGUGGACUUCUUGCAGUAUGCAUCUUAGGGGGAACUGUGCAGAGCAGAAGCUGUGUACUGUUUUUUCAGUCCCUGGGCUGGUGUGGACAGUGAUACAGAUCUGUACACUCCGCUGGAUUCCUUCCUAUACAUUUUAGGUGCCACUUACCUUCAGCUUAGUAGAGAAGGGUCUGUAUUUAUUGCUGACCUACUGUAGGCCACACAGGUGAACCAGAAGCCUUCCCUUCUUUACUGUGUGGUUGAGUAGGUCCUAGACGUGACUGAAAUUUCUGAUCAGUUAUACUUUUCAGGAUUUUUAAUUUUUUUUUUAUGAACUCUGUCCUGAGAUGCUUUUGGUUUAAACAGCCUUCUGGAGAAACUAGCAAGUAGCUUUGUAAGAAACUUUUCAAACUCUAAAAAGUAUUAGUUGCACUAUAGUUUCAGAAUUUGUUUUUACUAUACUGUUUUGUUUGCAACUUGAAAAUGGUAAUGUUUCCCUUUUUGUCAACAUCUGAACCCACAAGGCAAUUUAGAGAGGAAAAAAACCCAGACCCUAAAAUGUCCUGCUGAUGGUUUAAAAGUAGUUUAAUAAUCUGUGUUCAGAUUUAUUUAAGUAUUUAUUUUUUUUAUUUUCACCAAAUACAAAAUCUUCUAGAAAUGCAUUUAUGGAGGCAUUCUCAUUGUAGACUAAAGUUAAACAGAUACAUUAAUGUAGUGUUAUACUCAAGCUGAUAAUGGUUUAUGUAUUGUAUUUUUGGGGGGUAGAAUUAGGAUAUGUUUCAGUUUUGUCCCAAAUGAAGCAACUACUAGUGGCAGGAUUUUAUGAGGAGAAAUUUUCUUUUGAUUUAGAAUGCUCUCGCUUUAUGCCAACAUGUGAAUCUUUAUAUUGUAUGAAUAGAGUGCUAAGAAGAAAAUCUUUCAGCGUUAGUAGUACCAUGGGCCAUAAUACUUUGUAGCACAUCUGCAUGAAAACUGCAUUCAUUGUUGUAUUGUAAUUUUGAGAGCCAGGUAUUAGUUUUCUUUAUGUCUCUUCCCUCUGGCCCUACACCGAAGCAGGGAAAAUGAGUUGUGUUUUGUGCUUUAAGCAGUGUUCCCACCACUGUUUUAUUUUUAUUUGCAUCAUAGAACAUCCAGGCUUAAAGCCAACAGAAGUGCAGUGAUGUAAGCAAAUAACCACUCCUUAUGCUCACGAUCUUUUUAAGUUAAUGAGAGAAGGAGGUCAUAUCUCAGAGAAACAAGAAUCUCCUUUUCACCAUUCCUGGUGCCCUUUCCUGCUGUACAGCACGUGCAUCAUAACCACAGCCCCAGGAAUUCUGAAUCCUUUAAAACUCUGCAGGGUUAUUGAGACGCUGCUUCAGUGAUACUGCGGUGUGUACUGUUUGGUAUGUCCUAUCCACAGUGAUCACCAAAUGUGCUUUUCUAUCAUGAUACGUCUGCAUGCUUGCUAUGCUUACUGUUUUUUACUCAAAUACACAUCACAGUGCCGUGUUGUUUGCAUGACAAAUAGCAGAAUAUUAAAUCUUCAGGGCCAUAGAAAAAGGCCUCACGGUGCAGAAAGAACAGGUUUACAGAUUUCUUUUCCUGAUCCCACAAAUUUUUCCUUUGGUCCUUUGUAUCCUAGAAACAAAUGUAAGCUGUAUUUGAGAAUUUCUACAUUAACAUUGAUUAAACUAGAAGAAAAAUAACACUGUAUGCCAUGGAGGGCAUGAUCAUUUUGUAGCAUUGCUGAUUUAAACAAAGUAUACAUUCAGUGAAAGUAUGGUGGGAAACUCUUUCCUAGUUUAUAGUUACAUUUGAUUGUAUAGACUUUGCUUAAAGCUUUCAUGGAUCUUUUGUGUACUCAUAUUCCCAAAUAUUUUCCUCUUAGCCUAAAUGCCGCUUAACAACUAAAUGCUGAAAACUGCCAGUUUUACUUACACUGGAAGAUACAGAGUACAGUUAAAUGGCACAUACACAUAAAGUGGUGCUUAAGGGCUUUUCUGAUUUACAAUUUUAUUUCUGCAACAACUAUCCAACUAAUUGUACAUUUACACCAAAUUAAUUAGUUGCAUUCUUCAAACAAACCCUCUUUCUUGUAAUGGUGAGGGCACUCAGUACGCUGUAAUCUUGACACAUCAUCUGGGAAAAUUGCCUGUAUUUUAAAAUGUGAAAAUAUGUUGUCAACUUAACACCAGUCAAAAACUUCAAUUAAUACACUUCAAAGACAAGAAAGAGCUUGAAUUCAACUGGCAUUAGAUUAAGAUUCAUAUAUUGAAAACAAAUUAAUUUGGUUAUCAGUCUUACCAUUUAUUACAUACACAUAGAAGACUGUAAAAGUUGAACGUAAUUUCACUCUGUUAUGCACUUUAUUUUUGCAUUCUUCUUAGAAAACCAAAACAAUUGUAAACAAUUUUUAUUUUGAAUUCUGAUGCAGUUGUUUAAUUUGUGAAUACUGCAAGAAAAUGUCUAUGUGAAAAUAUUAUCACUGGUAUUUAAAAGCAAUUACAAAAAUUUCUGUGAUCUAAGGCUUUGUAAAAUCAUCCUUUAGAAAACCUAACUAUUGGACCAGUCUGGAAUUAACCAAACUCAUAGACUUACACAAAGGUUAACAAAGGAAAUAUUCUAAAUGCAGAGAAGAAUAUGAAAUUAUGCUGCCUAGGGUUACUUUAUGGAUUAUAAAGUUCUGAGACCUUGUACUUGCAGUACAUAUAAAUGGCACAGUGCAUUCUAAGGAACAUUAGGAGCAUAUUGGGCCAUCCUUAUUUUUCCAAAGUCUCCAAAAAUACUUAUAUUUUUUUUAACAAAAGAGUAAUGUAAAGUAUACCUCCUUAUGCAAGUAAUUGUUACAUUUUGUUUUAAUAAACAAAAGGGACAAAAUCCUUUAUUCGUAUUUUUCAAAUAAAAUAUGGUCUUUGCUACGGUGAUGGGUUAUUGUAUUCCUCAUCACAGCUAGAAUGGGUUACUUUCUCUUCACUCCUGUAUGUUAUACUCACCAAAGAACUCUGUCCUUUAAGAAUCAGAUCUGAUACAGCAGUAUUAAUGAGGUCAAUGUCAGAAAUGGUAUGGUAACUAACUACAUUUUAACACCUGGUAUAGUCACUCAGUUGUGUCACUAUUUCAAAGACUGUUCUACAUUAUUAUUGCUACAGAUGGGUAGGGGGAGAGAGAGACACCAAGAGAUACCCUGCAACAGACUGCACUAUAACUGCUAAAUGGUUCGUUAUUUUUACUUGUGGCACCUAUUCCACUCCAGCCAUCACUCUCCUAAAACUAAGAUACAUCAUUAUAGGAUGAAUACAUUAUCCACAUGAGUGAGUUAGGGAAUUGCACAUCUAUGAAUCCAGAUUGGUGUUAACAACCAGAGUUGUUAUCUGAAGUUGACACACAAUAGAAGGGAAAAAGCAGGCAAGGACAUUCACAAUGAUGAAGCUCAGGCUUGCACAGGAAUCAUUCAUAAUUUCUCAAAAGAAUUGACAGGCUUUACCAACAACUUACAUUUUGGAAAAUACAGGGAUUACGGCUCACAAGGAACUUGUUGCAUGCAAAAGCUUCUUUCCCAGACUGACAUAAAAUUCAGAAAUAAAGCUAAGGCUGACAGGAGAUGAAAGUGCAAUUUUGUUAUAGCACCUUACUCGCUCCUCUUUGUUGCCUGCAGGCCGGUUUAUAUUGUGUGCCAUCAUACUGUGCAAUUCCUGUAUAAGCCUCACCACAUCCCCAGGAAAAAAAAAUAUGGUAAAAUAGUAUUUACAAGACAAAUAUUGUCAGUGUGAAUCUCAGUGCAAGUUCAGAGGAGGAGCUAGUGGUUUUGUGGGGGAGUUUUUUGUCCUCAUAUGCAGUGUUUCUUUCUAAAGAACAUUUAUAAAGAUUUUAGAUCAUAUAAGAUUCAUUGAAGUUUCUUUUGGUUUGUUGGGGUGUUUUUUGUUGUUUUUUUUUGUUUGGUUUGGUUUGGUUUUUUGGUUGGUUGGUUGUUGUUUGGUUUUUACAAAGCUUACUAUCUUCGUAUAUUAUUGUUAAAUUAAAUUUUAGGUUGCUUGAAGUCCAUACUACUCCUUCUACGCAUGGUAAACAUAGCUACAGAGAGUCUUCAAAAGCUAGAAAGUUUUGCUUAUGAAUUUAGUAGACGUUUUCUGUGGGCUUCGCAAUUCUGUUUAGCGUUUUUGUGUUGUGUAACUCCUCACAAAUACAUUAACGCAACUCAACCUUUAAUUUAAUCAAGAAGGCCCUGAAGAUCCAAGAAACUCCUUCCACACUAGCUGCCUCUAAAUUUGGUUUGUUCUGGAAGUACAUGCAGUAGAGCAUAUUAUAGCUAGUGGGCGGUUGGUACCAGCAGAAACAUUCUCAUCCAGCAAGGCAACCUUCAAAGGGGAAAAAGGACAGUGGGAUUAGGACUUAUAGAGGAUUAUAGGGCACACAGAGCUUGAAAGGUGUUAGAUUCCUAGCCAGGACUGAACAAAAUCUGGGUCCAUGUUGGUUCUUGUCAUCAUGUAUGUUCAAUGUCCAAAUAGCUGGUGAGCUUGAGGGAAAGCCCAAUAAAGGUUCAUGUAAAUAAAUGAACUGUUCAAAUAUCUGAGCUGCCACAUCUUCUGCUAGAGUUGUGGAUAGGAAUGGAUCAGUUUGUCAGCCUUACAGUGUGAACACAAUUUUGAGGCAUGCUGCCAUUCUAAUAUACACCUUUACCUGACACAUUAACUUUUUGGAAACAAAUUACAUUGCUCUUCACUUUUUUCUGAACAUUGUACAUUGUUUACUUAAACUCUGAAUUAAUAUCCAUGUUCUUCAGAAGUAAUGCUUUCCCGUGUCUUCAGAAUUGAUUUGGAGACCAAGAACCUUCAAGAAAAAUUCAGCCCUGCUUUGAAGUGUCAUGCAGAGCAUAUCUAACAACAAACGUCAUGAUAGGAUUUGGGUUGGGAACUAAUCAAAUACUGGUUGUGUACAAAAAGUUCACUCAUACUAAGCAAACUAAUUUUUUGUUAUUUUGGUCCUACUGAUUUAAAACUGCUGAAAGUGUAAAGGUACAUGAAAAUAUACACCUCCUGAUGAUGACAUGAAGACUAUGUUUGGUUUUCUUAAAAAAGAAGUAAAGCUCACAAUCUGUACUAUUUGCAACACUUUGAACUCACUCUUUUUGUUCAAACUUGUAUUUCCUAGUUAGUUUCAAUACUUUGUGCUACAUAAAUUUUCAACUGGGAAAUGGAUGAGUGAUUCAGAGAUUAAAAUCUUUUUAAUCUCUAGCUGCUAUAACUAUUAAAAAAAGACUGAAAUUGAAAACUACUGUAUUUAUGAAAGAAAUUGGAUUAUCAGCUCUGAAAAGCAAGUCACUUGAAUAUGAUGAUGCUAAUAAUAAAAUUAACAGUGUUCUUCUUCUUUCUUACUUGUUUUUAUCAUAAAGCACCAAAUUAGAAAUUGUGGUGCCAUUUCUUCUAUUGUAUGUCUCUAAAAUGUUUCAAACUUGACAUAUAAACAGAACAUCUCUUUGAAUGAGGUGUCUGUUAGUUCUGUUUUGUCCAUCCCAAGACAGAUUUUUUUCAAAAAUUGUUUCAUACAGAGAAUUCUUUUAAUGUAGAAUGCCAAAGUAUCUUUUCAAGCAUUAACUAAUUUAGUUAUAUAACCGCAAAUACGAGAUUUUUCUGAGAGAAGGAGAUGAAAGGCAAACUAAAUCUUAAAUCUUGUGUGAGGAAAACAAAUUUAGACUCUUCAGGCAGAUCUGAAACCACCAUCCCGUAAGCAUAUUGUAUCCUAUGUAGUAGCAUUAUUAAAAAAUGAAAAUACCCCUCUCUAGCAAUCACUUCAUAUUGUGUCUUGAUUUUCCAAAUGAAUAUUUCUUGUGGCUCUGUCAUGCUUUUUUCAAUAGUAUUUUAUUGCUUCAGUAAGACUCACUAAAUUUUUGUGAGAAAUUUUCUUCUAAUUUCCUCAGAACAUUAAGAAGUUACUUCUGUUGAAUUUGAUGGGAAGUCUGUCAGAAGGACUGUUCUCUGACAAAGUCGAGCUUCUCAUGAAAAUCUGCAAGGACUAAUCAAUAAGAGUGGUCAAAGCACGUUAUCCUGGAUGUGGAAGAUUGGCUUCAGAGCAGAAUGUUAGAUGGGAAUCUCCCAGUUCAAUUAUCCCUUUAUCAUAAUCCCACAUCACAAAUUUAAUGGAAUUUUUACUGAUUUCUUAAUCAGUAUUUUUCAGUAAAACAGCAUUCUUAUUUUCUGUCAAGCUCUGUGGGGCUGAGUGAUCCUGGAAACGUGAAUUGUGUAUUGUUCACUUUAUAUCCCCCUUUAUUCUUUCAUGUUGUUUUCUUUCUUUUCUACCCCCAAUGGCCCCCUCUUUGUGCUGGAUGCUUGAAGCACUGUAGUAUAAUGAUUUAUCUUAAGAAUGUCAGGGGAAUCUAGGAAUAAAACUUCAUCUCCCUGAAAAAUGGAAACAUUUAUCAGUGCUAUGUGAUGCCAAAUGUACUAAUCUUCAUUUUUUUACUCUGGGGCAAACAUUUUAAUGGAACAUUACACAGCCCAAUUCCUUACCUUUUCCCUGUGCAUAAUAAUACAACAUUCAAACCAGUUUCUGUGAUAAUUUAAACAAUCUUGGUGUUAUUAACCAUUUAUAUUGGGCAAGACCCUAGUGUCCUAGGUCACAUAGAAAAUGACAUUAGUUGUGUAAAGCAUUUCUGGCUUAAAAGGCAAGUUUUCUGAAUCCAGUGUUCCAAAGCAAAGAUUUGUAAGGGAGGGAGGGAUUGUAGGAAGCAUGAAGAGCAGUGGAAGGACAAUAGAGUAGAUGAUAGCAAGUAUCAAAGGGCAGAUACAAUUACUGGUGAAAAGUAGAGGAAUGAAGCUGGGUUAAUUAGCAUUGGUAAUAUACAGCUGUGGUCUGGCUUCAGGGCUGGCGGAUUGGCCGAUGUAGAUAAGGUGCAGCUGUGGCUGGUUCUGUUAAGGGGUUGGGAGCCAGUGAAGAGAGAGCAGCCGAGGAAGAAGCAGAGACAAGGGAGAGAACACAUGCCCUGGAUGAGGUGAGGAGAAGGCAGCAGAGGGACUGUAUGAAGAGUGUGUUGGUAUGAGAUGGUAAAAGACCUUAUUGCAGCUUGAUAGUUUGGAGAGUGCUGUGGCAAUUGGUGCCCUGUGUGAGGUGUUCAGAUUAUGAGACUAAGCGAUAGCAGUGAUGGUUGUGCUGGGAGAUGUUUGAAGUUUUGAAUAGUAACAGCGGUGCUCAAUGUAGCAGAGACAGGUAGGGACAGCCUGGGAUCCAGAUCACAUUGAGAUAGGUGGGAAGAGCCUGGGGAUCUGGAUCAGACACCAGUAAAGGUGAGCUGUUGGGAUCAAAGAGAAGGAAGCCUGACUGCUGUGGAGUUAAGAGACUGAGGGUAACAGGCAGUAGCGACAGAGUACACGGCCAGGUGGUCCAGCGGGAGCAGGUCCAGCUAGACAGUGGUGAUGGCUGUGCCGGGGGAAGGAGCAGGAGCAGUGUGGUGCCACAGGUGGCUCCCAGUGUUGCUGCUGCUGCUUGGCCUGGCGGUAUUCUUGCCAGUGUUUGUGUGCUUGUUGAAGGUGUCUCCACUUGUAGAAGUGGGUGACCACAAGGGUGUUAAGAAGUUUUUUGGGCCACAGAAUGAUGUGUUAGUACUGUAUUCUAGAUCUGCUGUUUCUGAAAGCUCACUCAGUUUAAUGUCCAGUGUGACCCAAGAGGUGAUAGGACAAGGCACUAUAAGUUCAUCAGAACCACCCUCUGAAGAAAUCAAAUUCCCAGAUGCUACAAAAGCAGAUAAGAAGAAAGGUGAUCAACCUGCAGAAGAUGAAAAGCCCAAGAUAAAAGUGAAGAAGGAAUACGAGUAUGAGUUCAGGGACAAGUUGUCCAAACUAUAUGAAAAGCUUAUUUGUAAAGAGUUUGUGGUGGUUGGUAAAAACAUGAGUUAUG